AUGAAUCGGUGGUCCCGUCGGAAGCCUCGCCGGCGAGCAUGGUGCUGCUCGUUCGCACUCCCUCCCUCCAGUCCUGAACUCACCUCAAUCUCCAAAACGCCUCAUAAAGCACAACCCUUUCCCAAGCGCAGCGUUUCGGUACCAAACUCCCCUCAGAGCGCCAAAUCCGGGUUACCCAUCGUGGGUCGGAUCGACCCGCGCCGGAUCUUGUCGCCGGGGAGAGUGUCUCCCAUUGACUCCGAUUCCGCCCCCGCCGCGUCGCAACUCCGAUCCCACAGCUUUCGCGCUCCCUCUCCGCCCCCACCACCGGCGGCGGCGCUGGACGUGAAGCUGAAGCUGCGAGGGAAGAAUGGGGGGAGCAUGGUGAUGGAGGUGGACUCGGAGGUUCUUGGAGCGAACUCGGAGGUGUUUGCGGGUUUAAUAGCGGAUUGCAAGAGAGGUGGGGGUGGAGCGACGAUGGAGGUAGAGAACUUGGGUGUGUUCAGUGACACCAUUGAGCUUAUGUUUGAAGAUGAUGAUUGCAUCACCAAGAGGCUCAUCAACUUUGGCGUUUUUCGCUCCAUUGACAUUUUAGCGGUUUCAGCAACAAUUAUGUUCACUAAGGGCGUUCGGUGUUGUUUAAAGUACCUUGAGGCGGUUCCUUGGACCGAGGAGGAAGAAGAGAAACUUCGGAGCCUUUUCGCAAGAUUUGAGUUCGAUGAUGCAGCAAGAAGAGACAUUCUGGGAAGACUGUACUUGCAUGACUCAGUAGAUUCCCGGCCAAAAGUGGCACAACAACUUGUUUGGUCUAUCAGCACCUCUGAGGAUGCAAAUGCCAGAACCGAAAUGAAGUCACUAGUCAAGGGUCUUCUUUGCAAAAGCUCUGUGUAUGAGAAGAACCAUCUUGACCUUAGCAAGGAAGAUCUAUAUGCUGUUUGUGACUCGUGUUUGAGUUCACUUAUCAGUCUCUUUGAAGAGGCAUCAGAUAUCAUGCCCCCUGAAAGGUUGAUGACAAAAGACACGAUCAAGCCUCUGAUUGAGCGCAUCUCAAGACAGGUUGAUAACAUCAACUGGUUGCUGGAAAUUAUGCUUGAUGGGCAAGUGGCAGAGGACUUUGUGGAUGUAUGGGCACAUCAGGAAAAGCUUCUUAAAAUGCAUGACAUUGCAUCCCCUAUGAUCAGAUAUGAACUCAGUAGAGUGUCAGCAAUCCUAUUUGUUGCUAUGGGUACAAGAAAACUGCAAUGCCCAUUGGAAGCUAGAUCAGGGCUUCUCCAAGCAUGGUUUGGACCUAUGCUGUUGGACUUUGGUUGGCUUCAAAGAUGCAAAAAAGGGCUUGAUAUGAAGGCCUUGGAAGAGGCUAUGGGGCAGACGCUCCUUACUUUACCUUUAAAGCAGCAGUAUGUGCUGUUUAUGGAAUGGUUUCGGCAUUUCUCAAGACAUGGCACUGAGUGCCCAAAUAUGGGCAAGGCAUUUCAAAUUUGGUGGCGCAGAUCUUUUUUAAGAGGCUCUGAAGCUGUUGAAUCAAGAUAA